CUAGAAAAACGAAAACAUUCGUAGAAUUAAUGUGAACAACGGAUAGAUACACCGCUGCGUGGACGUGCGCGUAGGUGGUACGGGGUAGACACCGGCAGAUUCUUAUUAUUUCCUUCUCUUUUCAUCCCAAAUUUUUAUUUUUUUAUCCUGUCUUGAAACAAACGUCAUACCUCCACCUAGUGCACUCCCUGACCAAAUGGUGUGAGCUAUCACAUCAAUAAACAUGUCGUAGACCACCAUGGAGAGACAGCUGUGGUCGCGUACCGAGACGCAUCUGAAUGAUGAGGCAGGCUUAGCCCUGUGAACGCCAACGGACUCGAGUCUCAUUGUUGCGCGCCACCACAUCUAGUGCAGCAACGACCAAGUGCUAGCAGCAGCUAUGAUUACAAGCACCAAGGAUUGUGAGUAUCAUGACCAACGUGUUGAUGCGAGAAACCAUUCCUCAGCGCCUCACCUUGUGAAAUAUCAGCGGAAUAUCCUAGUGAAUAGCCAUCACCGUCAUACACCAGCACGACAACACUAGACUUCCACCCACCACGAGAGAAAGGAACAACCGGCUUUCAAACCCUUCUAGUAGAAGAACCUGGUGCGCACUGCGCCGAGCUCGUAGAAAUCGAGAGGUCAUAAAGCAUUAGGGUGGCAAGCCUUGGCGGCACUGCUGACAGUUCGUAGCCGUACCUUAGGAGUGCCGUCGAAGACGAGAAUAGGUUUCUUCAUCUUCAUCAGGACCACAAGCACUGCAGCACUUGUUGGACCUGCGUCGAGCUCGAAACACCAAGAAGAGCAAGUUGAAGUACUAAGUAGUACUACACUUCAACUUCAUCAUUGAUCAGCCAUGGCGGACGAAGAGGAGUACGACCUCGAAGAGGAAGAGGAGGAGCUCGAAGAGGAGCUCGAGGAGGAAGAUGAGGAAGAAAUGGAGUCGAAGAUCAAAGAGUUGGAAGCAGAACUGACACAUCUGAACAAAGAUGGAGGCGAGGGGAAGGAAGCAGGUACUUGUCUAGCGUGCUUUUUGGCUGAGCGGCGAUGUGCUUGUGAACUCACUUGAAGCUCGUUGCGGGAAAAAAGAAACCUUGGUUUGUAGCAGCCAUGCAAGGCGGCGAUGCUGUCAUGCUGAUGUGGUGUGUUUCCGUGGCAGUACUGCCAAGUGCGUCUUUCGUGGUCGGUGGUGGCAGUACUGUCUCAUUUUCCCCUCAUUUCUGUGGCAGUACUGCCAAGUGCUUCUGUCGGGCUCGCUGGCAGUGGCAGUACUGCCUCACUUUCCCCUAGUUUCUGUGGCAGUACUGCCAAGUCCUUCUGUCGGGCUCGCUGACUGUGGCAGUACUGCCUCAUUUUCUCCUUUUUUCUGUGGCAGUACUGCCAAGUGCUUCUGUCUGGCUCUGGUGGCAGUAGUGCCUCAUUUUUCCCUAGUUUCUGUGGCAGUACUGCCAAGUGUUUCUGUCGGGCUCGGUGGCAGUACUACCAAUUGGUGGCAGUACUGCCAAUUGUCUCUCUCUGGCUCGUUGGCAGUACUGCCACUUCCUCAUUUUCCCGUUGUUUCUGUGGCAGUACUGCCAAGUGCUUCUGUCGGGCUCCCUUGGCAGUACUGCCUCAUUUUCCCCUUGGUUCUGUGGCAGUACUGCCAAGUGCCUCUUUCGCGGUCGGUGGCAGUACUGCCAAUUGGAGGUGGCAGUACUGCCUCACGUUUCUGUGGCAGUACUGCCAAUUGUCUCUCUCGGGCUCAGUUGGUGGCAGUACUGCCAAGUGCUUCUGUCUGGCUCGCUGGCAGUACUGCCACGUACUGCCUCACUUUCCCCUAGUUUCUGUGGCAGUACUGCCAAGUGGUUCUGUCGGGCUCACUUGGCAGUACUGCCAAUUGUCUCCCUCGGGCUCGGUGCCUCAUUUUCCCCUUGUUUCUGUGCCUGUGGCAGUACUGCCAAGUGCUCGCUUGGCAGUACUGCCUCAUCUUCCCCUUGUUUUUGUGGCAGUACUGCCAAGUGCUUCUGUCGGGCUCGCUGGCAGUACUGCCAAUUGCCUCAUUUUCCCCUUGUUUCUGUGGCAGUACUGCCAAGUCCUUCUGUUGGGCUCGCUUGGCAGUACUGCCUCAUUUUCCCUUUGUUUCUGUGGCAGUACUGCCAAUUGUCUCUCUCGGGCUCGCUUGGCAGUACUGCUUUCUUUUCCCCGUGUUUCUGUGGAAGUACUGCCAAUUGUUUCUCUCGGGCUUGGUUGCAGUACUGCCAAUUGGUGGCAGUUCUGCCUCACUCUCCCCUUGUUUCUGUGGCAGUACUGCCAAUUGUCUCUCUCGGGCUCGCUUGGCAGUACUGCUUUCUUUUCCCCUUGUUUCUGUGGCAGUACUGCCAAUUGUGUCUCUCGGGCUCGGUUGCAGUACUGCCAAUUGGUGGUAGUUCUGCCUCACUUUCCCCUUGUUUCUGUGGCAGUACUGCCAAGUGCUUCUGUCGGGCUCGCUUGGCAGUACUGCCUCAUUUUCCCCUUUUUUCUGUGGCAGUACUGCCAAGUGCUUCUGUCGGGCUCGCCCUCAUUUUCCCCUUGUUUCUGUGGCAGUACUGCCAAGUGCUUCUGUCGGGCUCGCUUGGCAGUACUGCCUCAUUUUCCCCUUUUUUCUGUGGCAGUACUGCCAAGUGCUUCUGUCGGGCUCGCCCUCAUUUUCCCCUUGUUUCUGUGGCAGUACUGCCAAGUGCUUCUGUCGGGCUCGCUUGGCAGUACUGCCUCAUUUUCCCCUUUUUUCUGUGGCAGUACUGCCAAGUGCUUCUGUCGGGCUCGCCCUCAUUUUCCCCUUGUUUCUGUGGCAGUACUGCCAAGUGCUUCUGUCGGGCUCGCUUGGCAGUACUGCCUCAUUUUCCCCUUUUUUCUGUGGCAGUACUGCCAAGUGCUUCUGUCGGGCUCGCCCUCAUUUUCCCCUUGUUUCUGUGGCAGUACUGCCAAGUGCUUCUGUCGGGCUCGCUUGGCAGUACUGCCUCAUUUUCCCCUUUUUUCUGUGGCAGUACUGCCAAGUGCUUCUGUCGGGCUCGCCCUCAUUUUCCCCUUGUUUCUGUGGCAGUACUGCCAAGUGCUUCUGUCGGGCUCGCUUGGCAGUACUGCCUCAUUUUCCCCUUUUUUCUGUGGCAGUACUGCCAAGUGCUUCUGUCGGGCUCGCCCUCAUUUUCCCCUUGUUUCUGUGGCAGUACUGCCAAGUGCUUCUGUCGGGCUCGCUUGGCAGUACUGCCUCAUUUUCCCCUUUUUUCUGUGGCAGUACUGCCAAGUGCUUCUGUCGGGCUCGCCCUCAUUUUCCCCUUGUUUCUGUGGCAGUACUGCCAAGUGCUUCUGUCGGGCUCGCUUGGCAGUACUGCCUCAUUUUCCCCUUGUUUCCGUGGCAGUACUGCCAAGUGCUUCUGUCGGGCUCGCUGGCAGUACUGCCACUGCCUCAUUUUCCCCUUGUGCCUGUGGCAGUACUGCCAAGUACUUCUGUCGGGCUCGCUGGCAGUACUACCAAUUGGUGGCAGUACUACUGCCAAUUGUCUCUCUCGGGCUCGCUGGCUGGUGGCAAUACUGCCUCAUUUUCCCCUUGUUUCUGUGGCAGUACUUCUGCCACUUGCCUCUCUCGGGCUCGCCGGUAGUACCGCCAAGAGUGCUUUCCGUGGGCCACUGGCACGACCUUUCCUAGUUCAGAUUAUAGCCCUGAACAAUGUAUCAUGCAUUCACAGGGCUACUCUUCCUUGUUCAGUAUCUCGCUUAUUUUCAGUAGUUACUCACUUACUCACUUCCUAGCGCAUGACUAUAGCCCUGAACAAUGUAUCUUCCACAUAUUCUAUUCGUAUCCACAUCCACCUCACCUUCCCCAGCUCCAGCAGAGCCAGCACCGAAUGUCGGAAAAGAGGAUCUCAUAUCCGACCUCUUGCGGAAUCCUCUGCUCGAUGGGACAGGGAUUGUCACGGGCGAAAGUGUAGAUGCAUUGAAGCGAACGAUCUAUAGUCUGCAAAAUCAGCUUGAUGCGAUGACGUACUACUAUGAUGUAUAGUUUUUAUUGUACAUUCAAAGCAGGUUUUGUACACUUACUUCCUACUAAAUAGGUUUCGUACUUUUACUACUAUAGUUUUACUACUCUAGUUUUUCAAGCAGGACAAACCAGCCAAGGAUGGGAACAAAAAGAUUCGUUGUCGUUUGUAGCACUUUACCAAAUAGACGCAAGCACGACAACGACUUCUUUUAUCAUGAUGAAAUCAACACUAUUUUCCGACAUAAAAAACAGAAACGCACAUCGCAGUGAUUUGAGCGCUUUUCGGAGAAGAGAGGAGGAGCUGCAAACGAGAAUCCGAGGUUUAGAGGAUUUGAAUCGGACAAAUCGAGAUCACAUUAUCGAUCUAGAGGCGAAGGCGGAGGAUGGCAUGGUAAAUAUUUGCUCAUUUUUGAAAACAAAUACGAAGUGAAGAUUGAUGAGUAUUGCUUUACAUGAACUAACACCGAUUAUUUCUCUUUUUAAUGAAGCUGAAGAACAAGUUGCUGGACUACAUCUAGACUUCAUGCACUACAGGGUUAGUAGUCUAAUGUGCUUCCUACUCUUUUUAAUAUUUACCUCCACUACAGCUUUAAAGAUAUGGCUCUAAAGAUAUUUUCCUGCACUACAGACCAAGCUCGCAGUAAUGGAGAACCAGCGAAAUAAGUACGAAAGUGAAGCGCGGGAAUUGCAUAGACAAGUUAGCGUCAAAGACCAACAACUGCAUGGGAACGACGAGGUUAAGAGGCAGUUGGAAGCGAGGAUAUUUCGUACUUUGUUUUUGUCACCAGUUACUGUUGGAAGGAUGAGAAAUUAGUGAAAUUGGCGGUGGGUGAUUCUUCAUUAGACUGAAUACGCACUGUACACUUUCCCAUUCUUUAUUAAAUUUAGCAGCUGAAACAUAAUUGCAGGAUUUUUCAAUUGAGGCUUUGGUAUCUCUCAUCAAUCCAUCAGGUCUCGAGCAGGAUAAUCAUGCUCUAGAAGCUGAAAUCCAGAAUUUGAAUUGGCGUAUCAAAGCCCUAGACCAAAGACUAGAACAAGAAAGCAAGGAUAAAGCGGAACAGGAAAGGGUACUCACUGUUCUUUCCCACAUUUUAGUAAAAAUUCUUCUCCAUAAUUCAUUGAUAGAUAGAUUUCUCAGCAUUUUUUCGCCCAUGACCCACCUCCUCACUAGAUCCGGAUUUACUUACAACCGACCCUAUAUACAUCCAUAAACCAGCUCGUCCAUAAGUUCCAGACUGAGAAUCAAGACCUUGGUCUGAGGAUUCUGAGCGCUACUGGCACAAGUCGGGUACAGCAAGCGGAAAUCGAUACCCUUCAUCGCGAUAUCAAACUUGCAAACGCCGAACGGGAGGAGAGUAUUUAAGGCUUUCCCUAUACUUCAUCGAUCUUUACUAGAGAGGCAUAUUUAUCCUGUAGGUGGAGAGAGGCUUCGUCUUCGUAAGAGGAGAAGUAGAGGCCCAGAUUGUUCAGGAUCCCCCAGAUUUGGAUUAGUGCGACCUCUAAAGCAUCAAGGUAGCAGUGGCGAAGACACAGGUCGAGCAGGAGAUGCUGUCACUUCGAGAAGAGUUGCUGGAAGCUAGUAGACAACUGACGUUGAUUAUGACAGGGACACCGAUUUUUUAUCUAGAUUUUGAAAUUACAAGCUGAAAUAGAAGAAUAUAUCCCAACAUUUGAGAGGUCAUCAAUACUACACUAGAACCACAACUAGCAGCAGCAGGUACUUGCUACAUGGGAACAUCUAUUGACUACUCAGUAAGCACAGGCCAACUCCCAUUAGGGCUCAAAACAUUACAUUUCCAAGACCUCCCCUAAUUAAGACUUGAAAUUCGGAAUUAUUUUUUUAAUUGAUUUUUUCCUAAAGUGACCUCUUGCCUCAGUCUCCUAGCUGCCUACGCGACAGCGACAGCAGAAAGACUAAUGACUUGGCUCUAAUGAUAUAUUUUUUUGUUGAAAGAAAUAGAAAGAUCUUGGUCUUCUUCGGUUCAAAACAUAAUUUUUUCCUAAGUCCCACCGCAUCAAGCCACCAAUUUCCUUUCCGCUUCAUCCUCGCGUCAAAUAGCCUAAACCAGUACAAGGACGAAUGCAAUAGGCUAAAUGAAGAGUUUGCGAAGGCCCAGAGACAAGCGGAGCUGUGGAGAAAGGAGUUGCUGAAUCAAGAAGACUUAGCUGGCGGCUUAGGAGAAGAAGUGAAACAACUGAAGGCAGUACCGAUUUUGCUGUCAGAUUUUUUUUUGCGUCGGGGAAAUCUUAGGCAGUAGAUCGCCGAGUAGAUUAUAGCGUGGUCAUAUUUGUGCCUAAGAUCGCCGAGUAGAUUAUAGCGUGGUCAUAUUUGUAAGCACGACUUUCUUGUUGAAGAUGAACCUCAGGGAUCCUCAUAUUACCUGUACAUGUACUCCAUAAGCAUCAGGUCUUUCUUCUUAAAGAUACGUUUUCAUCGGAUUUCACCCCAUCUUACAGCUAUCCGAACAGUACGAAGGCGAUAUCGACAGAUUGAACUCGCUAUUGAUCGAAGAGCGCAAAUCAGGCUACUCCAAAUUCGUGACUGUGCCUGAUGGAAGUGGCACCACUCGGGUGAUCGGCGGAGCUAUAGGGGCCAUGGCAGCUACCGAUACAGUGAAAGAAAGGGAGUUGUUUUUGCCAGGGGCAAGGUUAUGAUGAAAUGGAGAUAGAUCAUAUGGUUGCAGCAAAGCGGUCAUUGUCCACGUCCUUAGAUGAAGCUACAAGAUACAUAGAUGUAGUUAAUUAUGAUAGAUCAUAUACAUACACUUUCGGUGACUUUGUGGUGAAUGAACCGUGAAACUUGCCUUGUGCUGCUGGAUCCAAAACGAAGACCAAAAUCAAAAACAAAAUACUGCGAUAGAUCUGAACAACAAAAUCAUGAAAUGCCACCCAUGUGAAAAAUCAAUGACUUAUCUCGCUGACAUAGUUCGUCGAUUGCUCUCACCCUAACAUCCUGAAGUUUGAACUUUUUCGUUUGGCUUCGAUUUUAUGAAUGUCUUGGUGAUCCUCCGUCAACAUGGCCCUUUUUAGAGAUAUUUCAUUUCGUUUUAUUUUCUUGUUUCUUUCUUUCCUCAUUUCCGACCAUGCAACUAUAUUUUUCUUCUCCUUGCCCUACAUGUUCCUUUCUACACGUCCAUACAAUCAUAGAGCUUUCUCAUUUUAUUCCACAUGCAACCUUCAUCUUACCACUAUAACAUGCCAUAUUUACUUCUAUCUUGACUAGUAGCACACUGUCAUGGCUGUAUGUUUGUGUACGAAGUCUUCUUGUGGUUAAAACCCGAAAACUCCUCCAUGUUUCUUCCAAAUGCAGUGUUAGCAGGGGAUUGAAGCUACAUUCGUCGACAGACAAGGAGCAUUGCCGACCUGUUCUACAAAAACGAGAUAAAAAGAGGAGUGAGCAUCUGAGUUGUAGAGAUUUUUAAACUAUUUAUGGACCUCAACCACGGGUAGAUAAAUAGUGAAUACUCAUAUACACAUCGGCCAACAUAUCAGAACGUAAGAUAUAUAUAUAAAAAACCACAAUAUACUGUAUGUCAUAACACAACUAGAACGAAAAACUAAAACUAUUGAAUGACAAAGAAGGAGGAGCGGAAUAAGAACCACUACCACUUGAGACUAUCACCUGAACUCAACACGCAACAAGGACCGGCGCACAUGAGACGAUCAUCUGAACUCAUCCAGAAUCCAAGACCACGAAAAAUCUGUGAGACAACUAUCUGAACUCACAAGAGCAGCAUCGAACAUAGGAGCCUGAAGAUCGAGGUCUAUAAAUAUUACGACGUUUACACCAAGAUGCCACAAGAUGCCGCGGACGAGCAAAAAUAAGGUGCCCCAGUUCGCCCUCACGCACAAGCAGAAGUGCAUGUGGCUCCGAAUUGAAGAACUAAGAAAAACUAAGAAAAGCGGACUAGUACUAGGUAAGAAACUAUUCGAAGAACUUGUGAAAAAGAUCAAUAGCUCAGAGAGGCCCUGGCUACUAGACUACGACCUUGGGACAUAUUGUGCUCCAGAACUCAGAUUCUCCACAUCUGAACUAGCGAUCCCAUACUACAACCGUGAAGAAAGAUCAGAGAACGUAGCGGACGCACUGACGCACGAAGGAAAAAUCGCUAGAGUGGUCCAGUGCAUGAACCGAACAGAAGAUUUGUUCAGCUCCCUAUCUUUACUCGCAUUUUCCGGGUCGUGCGAUUUCUCCCACAUCAACACCUACAAAUUAAGAACGGAAAAACCGAGCAACGGUUUCGACGGGUGGGAAAGCAUCCGGAAUUACCACGACGGCAACGACAUCGCUUUUGAUAUCAAGCCACGCACGGAAGAACAUAGAAGAAUCAUCACGAAGUUUAACCUAAAGCGAUCUGGAUACAGAAAAACGAAAGCCGCUACACCAGAACAGAUAUCAAGCAGUAGCAGGAGCACUACGGAAUCACCAAAGAAGUAAAAGAACUCGACCACAGCGGAAAAACGCCCCUACUCCCGUGAACUACCAAUCAACUACGAGGAUGACCAACAACAUGAACAUCUCACAGCAGUCGGGAGGUGGAGCACAGACCUUCAAUCACAACCCCCAGUACGUGAAAGCAUGCAGGGUUGCAUCAAGUGGAAAUCCAUGCGCGGCGGGUGACAUCUGUCAAUUCUCACACCAAUAUCAGGAUUUGUUAGCAUACAACAAGUGGAUGAAGGAUCGAAAUAUGGUAGCACAGGAGAGCCUACCACAAGAGAUAUAUCGCACAAGUAUGCACAUUGGGCAAUUCAACACUGCGAACGGACACCAACCAAAGCAACCGAUCCAAGGUGGGAAUGCUCAGUACCAGCAGAACAAUCUGCCCAACCAACAACAAGCUCGACAGCAACAAGCAUCACCUCCGCCACCUAGCCCGACGCAGAUCCAACCACAACAACAGCAGCAGAUCUACCAAUCACAGCAGCCAUAUGCUACCAACUCGAACUCCAUACAACUAGGGAGCUCACCACAGCAGACGCAAAGCAGCCAGGGAUCUAGCUGGACCGCACCACAACAGCAACAACUUGCACAACAGCAACAACAACAACAAAACACCCACAUGCACGGUGUUACGCCCCCAGCCGGCACGAUCCACAUCAAGAAGACCAGAGGAUUCGUGCCCACAAUCACGAUGAAGCCAGCACAAGAGGAAGAAGAAGAAAUCUACCCGAUGGUGGUAUCCAGCAUGCAAGUAAUGAAGGAAAUGAAUGAGCACAUGGUGUUCAAGUCGACUGAACUUCCAACUAAGGACUUCCUCAUCCCGCAGACUAUUGCGCGCAGACUGGUAGAUGAUGAAUCGGAGAUGAAGGAUGGAUCGGCCUCACUAUCGCUACUGGUGUGUAACAGCCUGGUGGCAAAACAAUUGCAAGAAAUCUGUUUAAGGAUUACCACAACGGAAAAAGCAGAUAAGGCGAAGAAAGCACUUGAGAACCUCCCUAUCACCCUCAAGUUGGCUAAGGAAGAACCGGAAUCAGAGCUCAGCACGACAACAGGCCAGGACGCGAAGGGCAUGGAUAAGAACGACAUCCUCAACGCCAUUGGCAACAAAUUCCAGGAGUUCGGGGCGAACCUACAAACGCAAUUCACGACAAUCUCCUCUAGAAUCGAGAGCAUCGAGAAACGCCAUGAAGCCCAUCAACAAUCAUACCAGCAUCAGACACCGCCACCAGCCUCAGGAUCCACAACAGAUAAGAAGUGGUGGGAAAAUGAUGACUACAAUCAACCGUGGUGGAAGAAGGAUAAGGACGCAACGCAACAAAAAACAAUUUUCAAUGAUGGCUGGUACGAACGGGAGGAACAGCAGAAGGACAAGUCAUACAUCCAGAACAUGGUCGACCAGCAAUAUGCAAAGAUCCGCGAUAGAGCGAAGCAUCAAGCCUAUCCGCCGAUGGAUAAGAAAUCCAGCACCAAGGGUGAAGGAAAGAAGAACAGUAGAGAUCCGAGCACAGCAGCCUUGCUCAGCGACCUCUACUCAGCUGCCCCCGAGGGGGACAAGAAUAUGCCGAGAGCGGAAGAUGAGAACACGAAGAAACGACGCAUCACGAAGGCCAUACAAGGCAUAGAGGAGGCGUGCGGUAAAGCAUACAGCGACACUGUCAGACACAUGUUGGACAACAACAUCAAGAGGAAUCCGAAGGACUACAAGGCUGAAGACUUCGAGAAGGCUAUGUCACGUCCCAUAUGCUUCCUCCGAUCGACACUGUGCCACAAGAGACCGGCAACACCUGUUACAAGAGUUAAGGAGCAACUUUUUGGAGCUUGCCUGCUAUAUGAGAAGCACGAAAUACCGCUAGCCACCUUGUCCAACAAGAUCAAAUCAAACGUCAUCGACUUAGUCCGGGACUUCACCACAGAGAAGCACAUCGCGGCAUAUCGACCUCUAUUCAAACUAAGGACCACGACGGAAUUUGCGCUCUUCGUGAUGAUAGCUGCAGCAGGAGCACAACAAGAAAUCCUCACCAUCGAACUGGAGAAGGAGAAAGUACAAGAGCGCAAGAAACAACUACAACUGAGCGAUGUCAUCGAACGUACACCACAAGAGCAUGUCCCUCUCGACCCGAAGUUACGUGAACGGCAAAUACGAGCACGAGACCGACAGAUUCUUAAUGACGGAAAGAGCGAGAGCACGUCAUUGAAGAACAUCGGAAAUGAGGACGAAGACGAAUUCUCACCACUAGGGGGAAGGCCAGGGGAUCCACCACAAUGGUCACCACCUGCACCACCGCAAGAAGAAGAGGAACCAGACGCAGAACAGCUCUACGACCUAAUACGCGAUGAGAUCUACGGUUCACCUGACCAGAAUCAACAAGCAGAUGCGGAGAUGGAUCUGGGAGAAGAAUAUGAUGACAUGGACUACCAUAAGAAUGACCGAUACUACGAUCACCAAGGAAGUCAACUGCCGGCGGCAACAUAUCAGAACGACGACGACAAGAAGGGCCACGGUGACACAUGGCAGGAUACAUCAGAAGCAGACCCUUUUGGGGAACUAGGAAACCUUUAAAACAGCCACCCCAUCACCAUGACUGACAACAUCUACAAUUGGUUACAACCCAGGUUCAGCCUGCCGAUGUGGGAACUUCGAACGAACUACUACACGAGAAUACCAGCCAUGCCAUCAUUCGCUCUCAACAUCGCAGAUAUCUUUGUGAGGGAACUUUUGAGGAUAGCGCCGGUAAUAGAAGAGAACCGAAGGGUAAGAAAGAUGGUUCUAAAUAAGAUCAUGUUUAUGAGAAAUAUUAUAUCCCAGCUGUCACAUGAACACAGCCAGACAAAAACAUGUCUAAGAUGCACUAGAUCACAUAGGUAUUGCGCAUGCACCUAUAGCUACAACAAAGUCACUAAGAGACUACAUAAGAUGUCGCAAUGUGCUCAAGGAUCUCUACAUUUUGACUUCCUACCUUUCGAGAUCUUAACUACUACUACAGGCCCUUUCCAAACAUCUCUGGUAAAACUCAAUCAAGUGAUAUCCGCCGUUCGUGAAUACAUGAUCACCAUAGACGAGAUCAUUAUACGACUUUUCUUACUCGAUGGCAACACUUGGAGGAAAAGGGCACUAGAGAAGAAAAUAAAUAGAUAUGAUAGAACUAAUAGUAGAUAUAGGGGCUCGCCAAAUGUAGUAUACAUGGCACUACAGCCACAUUGCAAAAAAUCAUACGUAGGAGAAACAUCGGGUGGAAUCGACAUUAGAACAGCUGCACAUAUCCGAAAGGCACAGACAGGCACCCAGUUCUUCUAUCGUAACACCUUCGAGUUCUUCAAAUACUACUUCAUUCCUUUGGUCUAUCUACCCCCCACCCUUACUAGCAGACAAAUUAGAACAGCAGAGGCUAACUUAAUAACGGAGUUUGCUGCUAACCAGAACACACAAAUAGCAGCAGACACCCACCAGUCGCCAUAUCUACACACAGCUUCCUUAUAUAUUUCGAAAAAUAGUAGAUCUAGACCAUACCAGAGAAGGAAGGGACGACAGCCGAGAACUUCAACCACCUCACGUGCUACACCUAACCUGGCACUAACUACUCUACUUGCCUCAUCCAAAGCAACAGCAAUAUGCAUAGCACUCUCUCGAAGACUUGUUGAUGUCAUUCCCCAGAUUAUUGCCGUAUUCUUUGACACACAUACACAUGCCAGUGCUAUCAUAACAAAACGCGCAAAAUUUGUCUUGGAUGAAAUUGAGUAUGAGAUCCUCAUCAGGAAUCUAGCUAAGCAUAGACCUCAACGUCUCAUCCGCCAUGUAGUAGACAUAGGAGACACGAAGAAAACUCCAGCAUUCUGGAGAUAUGUACAAGCAUACAUAAGGAUAUAUCACCAACACCAGGAGCAAGGCAAGCCUGCGGUCAACCUAUGUUUUCGGACGAAAACUGGGCCCACGUUGAUAGACAUAGCAAAUAAAACUAACGUUGUCUACAACUUACCACAGGUAUGUAGAUGCUGCGAAAUUCUCAUGGACCAUCCCAAACUCAACAAAUACUUAGUACAAGGACACAUUGUAUCAUCACUAGAAAGAUAUAGGACUGAAUGCUCGGACUAUGACUUCAUAGAGACAGACUUACCGGUGGGCAAGUGGAACAUGAGGUCGAGAUUUCUCAGCCCCAAGUCUACGGCCACCAGCCUCAGACGGGAACUACUCAAAUUCACCUCGAGAGUUUUCCCAACCACCCGCCCCACACUAAGACUUCCUAACUCAUACAAGGACUUCGCGAAGUCGUAUGAGACUAGAGGAAUUAGACCCGAACAAACUAAACCUAGGCACCUAGAUAUUUCCGAGAGAUUAAGUACGGAUGUAGUAGAUAAAGAAGUUGAUAUGAGUUUGGUAUGCCCAGUGGUCCUACACAAGAUCGUAACAAAGCACAUGUUCACUUCAGGGGCAUAUAUACAACUACCAGGCUGGGAAAGUCUCAAAAAUGACAAUAAUAAUGAAUUCUUUUGGCUUUUCCCUGAUUCGUCCAUCAAGCGAAAGAAAAAGCAUAGAUGGGCGAAGAUGAGGAUCACCAUGAAGAAGAAGACAUAUAGAAUUUUUGAGAAAAUAGAGCAGGAGCGCAGAAUCGUGGACCUCAAGAUGAGACCUUUAACUAGCUACCAGCUCCAUUGCUUUAAAGAAAUAUAUACCACUGCCACGAGAAUAGUCAACCACCUCCUUGAAAGAGACCCGGCAACCUCCAGACUUUUCUUGACAAACCCGGCCUCUAUCAUUGAGUACCUUAAAAACGUUUCAGAAAAAGCAUCUAGGCUAGACUUACAACUAGCGGCAUUCACGGGAGACAUUGGGGAAUUUUUCACUAACUGCAACCUAAAUAGUAGUAUGGUCGUGAUACAAAAAGUAGUUGAUGAAUUUAUUAGAAGAACGGGACACAAUUUUGCUAGAAUAUUCAAAUCUAGCAAAAACUUGAUGCCUGUGUUACAUAAAAUGAUAGGAAGAGACAAAACUUACUUUGUACAAAAGGGUAGAAGACUACAAAAGCGUUUGUCUUUGAUCUCCUUCACUAGAGGGAGACCGGACCCAAGAUUUCAUGAUUAUAUAAGAAUUACCGACCUAACAAAAAUACUACUACAUGAUGUCAGAUUUAGCUAUGUUAGAGCACUAGGCACAAUUUUCAAACAAACCAAAGGCGCACCUAUGGGGAGCCCAACUAGCACUCCACUUUCUAAUGCAUACGCUAUUUAUGAGGAGAUGGUGAAAUCCACUGACCCAGGAACAAUGCUAGAGACCUCACGACGCUACGCAGACGACAAAAUAGUAUUUACUACUGUCCAGAGAGCUAUGCAAUUACAACAAGUACCUGUUUCAUUAAGACCUAACUUCUAUACGGGAUGUUCUCUAGUCCAAGAUGGUGUAGAGGAGCCUACUAUUUUCUGUGGUCUUAAGGUAGACAUAGCCCAUAGAAACAAAAUAGUUGUCACAGCAGCCUUAACAGACAAGCCCCUGGCUUCUGCCUUCUCAGCUGGGAUGGAUCGCAGAGAAAAGGGUGUUAUCAGAGGACAUUUCGCCAGAUUAAGACUACAGUCCAACAUCGUACCAAAACAAGAAGCGACAACUCUAGUACAAAAACUUCUCCAACAAGGCUACUCGCAUAAUAUCAUUAUUCAAGAAUUUAAGCAAUUUGCAGAAGCACUUAUCUAUACCUUUGAUGGUGACAGGGCAUGAGGCAUUUUUCGGUGACUUUGUGGUGAAUGAACCGUGAAACAUGCCUUGUGCUGCUGGAUCCAAAACGAAGAUCAAAAUCAAAAACAAAAUACUGCGAUAGAUCUGAACAACAAAAUCAUGAAAUGCCACCCAUGUGAAAAAUCAAUGACUUAUCUCGCUGACAUAGUUCGUCGAUUGCUCUCACCCUAACAUCCUGAAGUUUGAACUUUUUCGUUUGGCUUCGAUUUUAUGAAUGUCUUGGUGAUCCUCCGUCAACAUGGCCCUUUUUAGAGAUAUUUCAUUUCGUUUUAUUUUCUUGUUUCUUUCUUUCCUCAUUUCCGACCAUGCAACUAUAUUUUUCUUCUCCUUGCCCUACAUGUUCCUUUCUACACGUCCAUACAAUCAUAGAGCUUUCGCAUUUUAUUCCACAUGCAACCUUCAUCUUACCACUAUAACAUGCCAUAUUUACUUCUAUCUUGACUAGUAGCACAUUGUCAUGGCUGUAUGUUUGUGUACGAAGUCUUCUUGUGGUUAAAACCCGAAAACUCCUCCAUGUUUCUUCCAAAUGCAGUGUUAGCAGGGGAUUGAAGCUACAUUCGUCGACAGACAAGGAGCAUUGCCGACCUGUUCUACAAAAACGAGAUAAAAAGAGGAGUGAACAUCUGAGUUGUAGAGAUAUACAUAGAUGUAGUACUUAGUUAAUUAUACCCAGGACCAUUUUUCUUCAGCAUUUUUUUUGUGCUAAAUGUAAUAAGAGUGACCAGCUCUAAGGAGAGAGGCAUCAAAGACGCCACCUGGAGGUCCGAGCGCAUCCUCUACAGCACGUGGAGGCGCGACAGACUUCCUUAGUACACGAGGUCGGACUGGUGCUCUAGAGGGCCUCCGACAGAAACCGGAGUACAAUUACACGGACGGACAACCUUCAUCAGCCGGAGGUUGGCGGACGUUUUACGGCAGUGAGUACUUGCCGAAAUCGAAAGAAGUGCGACAAAUAGACGAGAAGCGAGCGGCGGGGGGAAGUAGCCCUUUCAUCAGUCGGGCUAGGAGUAACUCACCGACAACGCAUCCGACAGGGAAAGAGGAACAUCUUGGUAAAUAUUGACGGAUUUAGCUCUGGAGUCCGUAUCUACUUCUACCUCAAUCGUCAUCAAUAUUUGAACUUUUUGGUCCUGGCUGUUCUUGUUUCCCCAGAAUUUCUCAAUAAAACGGUCAAUCAAGAAGAUUCCCGCUAUCACCCAACCCUACUUGUUCCCAAACCAUCUACUUGCUACCAAUCCACAAAGGUCCCUACGGUCGCGUGUAUGAGAUAGCAGAUAACUUGAUGGACCGCAACCUUAGCAAACACGGCCUAAACCUCGCGAAAGGAGGAGUAAAAAUGUCAGCAGCGGACCAGGAGAAAAUGGAAGCAAGGAUGAUGGAGUUGAAUAUUACGAUUUGGAUUAGUUUGUGUUUGCUUGUUGGAGUAGUACGCAUUGCUCUUUUUUUUGACACUCAAUGUUCUUUCUAAGAAGCAGGAGAGAACGCAGAUCGAAGCGAUUCUGAUGAAGUAUCCGAGCAACAGCGCAGGCAAAACGCUACACGACAGGAAAAACAAGCAGCAAGCUGAGGUGCGCUUGGUGACGGUCGAGAAGGAACUCUCGGAAAUUCGCGGAGUACUCAGAGCACAUAGGAAUCUAGUCGUUUGAAUGGGUCGCAAUAGCGCCGCAAAUGGUUAUAUUUAUUGUCGUCUAUUUCAUCGCGCUUUUCCUUUACGACCUAGGAUGUUACUAUAGUUCUCUUCGUCCUCGUAAUAGAAAUUUUUGUCUGGGUCACGUCCAGCCCAAAGCUGGCACGGAUAAUCGAUGUAUUUCGCAUGCACUACCAGAGUAUGAAGAACGCAAAAACUACUACUAUUUGUUAGGUUACUGGAGACGUCUAAAGCGAGACUUGCAAUAGAGAAUCAUGUAGCAUCCAAGAACCGGUGAUAAAUGAUACCUGAAGUACUAGAGACCGCAGAUUUUAUAGAAAGUACGAAGUACACAUUCAUAGAAAUUCUACGCGCCGAGCUCGUUGAAGUAGUGCAUAAUAAUUGAUUGCAUGAAGGAGAACGAGAAAUAGAACGAAAAUUGAAGGACGCAUCUUUUGUACCAGCUUUUUUUAGUUUACCACGUACUCGCAUCAGAAAAAUCUUUCAUUUAUCAAACAAUAGGACGCCUUGCCCUCGCGGAACAUCUAGUCUUUUUCUGUAUCAAGUCUUCAUAUGCAGCAGAUGAUAAGGACAUUUGUUUCAGAUGUGUCCUGGAAAGGAUUUCAAAUCAAGC